UGCAAUGAGCAGCGCGACGUGAGGGUGGCAGCAGUGGGAAUACUUUCCCAACAAUAGCAAACACAGUGUGUGAUCUCGAUGUUUCAGCAGCCUGUCUGGGAAUAGUGUAUCGCGCAAGCGAAGGAGUACGUGGCAGAAUAAUCGGAAUAUCUUCAGAUUUGGGAUGUCUGUAGCUAGCUGGACGAGGCGAUCUUUCGUACUGCGCGCGACGACUAGCCAGAGAGCCAGGAUGGAGCAUCUUUUCUAAACAUCCCUCGCGCUAUCUGCUGCGGUUGAAGUGGUGUGGGACCGAUGACCGUGUCUAUACACGGACUUUCUACGAAUGAAGCGUUUGGUGUUUUCAGACCAGGCAUAAACGUUUUGUAAUUCAGAGAGAAAGGAUGAUAUUGGUUUCGACUGCAGUUCGCAACAAACCCGGAUACAAGAGCGGAAAAAAGUGCCGUACCACAAGCAGUGUCGACUUACUUUGCUGUCCGUUCCUGUCGCUGCAGCUCACCCCAGCCAUCCCAGUGAUAGGGGGGGUGCUGUUUGUCUUUGUGCUGGGGACUCUCUUCAGGACCAGCUUCAGUGACCCAGGGGUCCUGCCCCGAGCAACGCCCGAUGAAGCUGCUGACCUGGAGAGACAGAUCGACGUAGCCAACGGUUCAAGUUCGGGUUACCGGCCGCCCCCCAGGACGAGAGAGGUGGUCAUCAAUGGGCAGACGGUCAAGCUCAAGUACUGCUUCACCUGUAAGAUCUUCAGACCACCGCGUGCCUCUCACUGCAGCCUUUGUGACAACUGUGUCGAGCGUUUCGACCACCACUGUCCGUGGGUGGGGAACUGUGUUGGGAAGAGGAACUACCGCUUCUUCUACAUGUUCAUCCUCUCCCUCUCCUGCCUCACAAUCUUUAUCUUCGCCUUUGUCAUCACACACGUCAUCCUGCGAUCCCAUCGAUAUGGGUUCCUCAACACACUCAAAGACAGUCCUGCCAGUGUGCUGGAGGUGGUGGUGUGUUUCUUCUCUGUCUGGUCCAUAGUGGGCCUCUCUGGAUUCCACACGUACCUGAUCAGUUCCAACCAGACCACAAACGAAGAUAUCAAAGGGUCGUGGUCAUCUAAAAGAGGGAAAGGCAAUUAUAACCCUUACAGCUACGGAAACAUAUUCACCAACUGCUGUGCAGCGCUGUGUGGCCCCCUACCACCCAGUCUCAUCGACAGAAGAGGCUUUGUCCAAUCAGACACGCCGCACCCCAUCCCGCCAACCAAUGGCACCACCAUGUACGGAUCCACCCAAUCACAGAGCCACAUGUGUGAUCAAGCCCAGUGCAUUCAGAGCACCAAAUUCGUUUUGCAGGCUGCUGCCACACCCCUGCUGCCGAGUGAGCCAGUCAUCCUCAGAGACGAGGCGUUUCUACCGGGCAGAACAUCAUUAGGGGGUUCCUGCUCUGGAGCCCUGCCGCUGGGGGGUCAUCCGACACCCCCUACCUCCACCCCCAACCUCAGCUGUGACAACGACAUGCUGCCUCUACGGAACGAGCAAAGCGACGGGCUACGACACCACCACACGGACGGGUGCCACCACCACUUCCUCACGCCCGAGGAAGCUCCCUCGCCACCGGGCAUGCUCCCCUGCGUCAGUCCCCUGGGACACAGCCACACCAUACAGGGCUUCUACAAUCCAGCCAGCCAGGACUCUCUACACGAGGACUCUGUCAGAGGCCUGGUCAAACUCAGCUCUGUCUGACAGGGGGUUCACUCAAACAUCCCUCCGUCCCCUAAAACGCUCCUCCCUUCCAUCCACACCCGUGCCAAACAGUGGGUCGCCCCAACCCUGAAUGCCUGUAACCAAUAUCCUCUCCGUCCACUAAAAUCACAGGACUUGAGCCUCUAAAAGACUGUGGUACUAUUUGGGAGCAGAACUGACCUGAACUGGGACCUUCCCUCCUCAGCCAACAACUUGCCAAACCUCUGCAUCAUAAUGGGGGGUUGUUGCUGGUGAAGGGCCCAGGGGACUUUGCCAUAUUAUAAACAGUCACAAACGUACUGUUUUCUACUGAAGCAUAGUCCACUCUCCUGGGAGGGGGACAGACAAAGGACAGGAUUUGAGGAGGAAAAACAGAAGUAGUAGGUGUAUGGCUGUCUGUCAGCUAUUUUAAAGUUUAAAAAAGUGUUGUGACAGCUGUUCCUAAAUAUGUUAAAGAAAAGCUGCUUUAUUUCUGUCAUGAAUCACGAUUCUGGCAUUUUUCUUUUUUUGUACAACGGACUGUGGCCUACUUGAUCACUAAUGGACAGUGUCAGCCUUUCUGAGGAGAUUCCGGUUGAUAGUCGACAGUGCAAUCAGUAAACAAGAAUUAGUGUCAUCAUGUUGCUAGCCUUAGUGGAGUUGCCAACGAGCGGAUGUAUCCGGUUUUCAGGGAUACAGCUAAUUCACCCUAGCUUCCUGUUCCGCUGAAAACCGGAUGUGGAAACUCCGCUCAGGCAUUUUCUUUUAUGCCUGCUGCGUUAGGUUAUCAUGUUGCAUAUCAUGCAAUUCAUUUCUUAUUUUUAAAUGACAUGUUAAAAAGAUUUGGUAUUGUGUUGUGCCAUACUAAGGUUAUUCUUUUUCUCACAUUAUACUUCCUGUGGAUAUAUUAAUAAAAUCACAUUUUUAAGGUA